AUGGAGCAGAAUGUUGUGAUUUUUAAUCGGUUAAAUGAUGUUAUCUAUGGAUGGGUUCUUCGAGUAGUUCUUGUUGAAAAAAGUCUUAUUCGGGAUAGUCGUAAUAUGGGUCGGAUGUAUCAGCGAUUUGUUUUUGCAGAUAGUUUGGGUGAUCGGGUUCAAGCAGUUGCAUAUUAUAAUGAUAUUCAUGUCUUGAAUGAAACUUUACAAUUGUACUCGACGUAUUACAUUGCUGAUGCUGCUAUUCGUCGAAUCCUUAAUGGCUCAAUAAUGCUUGGAUCAGUUCCUUUUGAAUUGGUGUUAAGACCGAAUACUUUUAUUCAAACUGUUGAUGAAGGUCUUACACUACCAAUUCAUAAUGUUUACCACUUGACUCGGUUUGGAGAUUUGGAGUCACUGAGGCAUUCGCGAGACUCAAUUAUAACUAUUCUCGGUGUUGUCAUUCAGGUGCUUCCAAUGCAAGUUUUUAUGUUGGGAGGAAGAUAUAUACGAGUUCAGGAGUUUCUUUUAAUUAAUGAAGAAAUGAUGCCAAUUGUGUAUGCAAUUUGGGAUGAUUUUAUCGAUACAGAUGGAUUAUAUCUUGCUCAAAUUGCACAUGAAUAUCCCAUUAUAUUGGUUUGCAGGCCUAAGAUCAGUUAUUUUCAUGGUCUUUCAUUGGGAACAUAG